GAGAAUGGCAGUGUAGGAUUCCUUCUGCUGCCAUUCAGAGGAGGCGUUAGAUUGAACAAGACUCCACUCCUGUAGUAAGGACCAACCCCCGUACAGCAGAAGCAAUUGCGCUUGCAGAUGUGAAGAUAUUUGGGUUUUGACAGCUAAUGACUGAGGGGGGAGCCCUUGACAGGGAGUGUCGUACAACAACAAUUAAGGCAGGCUUUUAUUAUUUUGAACAGUCCGAACAGGAACAGCUCUCAGUUAAUGUUUUAUCAGCAAUACAAGAUUGGGAAGACUGGGCUGGACAUAAUUGUAUUUAUAGAGGCUGGUGCAGGAGGAAGCGCCGGCAGGCAUCACAACAUGCUCACCACCAUGCCGCUGCUCCUUGGAUUGUUCAGCCUCCUUGGCAGCACUUGUGCCCUGGAUAAGGUUUUCAUGCCUGCCAACUACCCUAUAGAUGAAGCCGGGGCAGGUAGGUUUGUGGAAGAUCAUAACGACACUGCAGAAAACAUCUUCUUCGUGAGUGUUUCGGCCAGCUGGAACUAUAACACCAACCUGACCAAGUACAACCAGCAGAAACAGAUCAAUGCCUCCCUGGAGGAGCAGGAGUUUGUGGAAGCCUGGGCUAAGAAAGCGAAGGAGUUUGAUGCCGUCAAAGUCAAUUUCACGGAUAAGAACCUGAUAAAUCGUCUCGACAAUAUCCGCAUCCUUGGCCCUGCUAACCUCCCGCAGACUGAAAGAGAGCAGUACAACACCAUCCUGAGUGAAAUGGACAAUAUAUAUUCCACAGCUAAGGUGUGUCCAUAUGGUGAAAAAGACCAGAACAAAUGUUGGUCUCUCGAGCCAGAGCUGACAGAUAAGAUGGCAACAUCCCGGGGUUACAAAGAGCUGCUCUAUGCAUGGGAAGGCUGGCACGACUCUGCAGGAAUCCCACAGAAAGCCUACUACAAAACGUUUGUUGAAAUGAGCAACAAAGCCUCACAAAUGGACGGUUUUGCAGACACUGGAGAGUACUGGAGAUCUUGGUACGACUCGCCAACAUUCGCCGAGGAUCUUGAAAAGAUCUACAAUGAUCUCAAGCCACUUUACCUUAAUCUUCAUGCUUUUGUGAGGAGGAAGUUGUAUAAUAGAUAUGGAUCCAAAUAUAUCAAUCUGAAAGGACCUAUUCCUGCUCAUCUAUUGGGUAACAUGUGGGCCCAACAAUGGAACAACAUCUAUGACAUGAUGAUCCCAUUCCCCAACAAGCCCAAUAUUGAUGUUACCGAUAUGAUGAAAAAAAAGAACUGGAAUGCCACCCACAUGUUCAGAGUCUCUGAAGAAUUCUUCACCUCCCUGGGCCUCAUCGAGAUGCCGCAGGAGUUUUGGGAUCACUCAAUGUUGGAGAAGCCUAAUGAUGGAAGAGAGGUUGUGUGCCAUGCGUCUGCCUGGGACUUCUAUAACCGGAAGGAUUUCAGAAUCAAACAGUGCACAACAGUCACCAUGGAGCAACUGUUCACAGUGCACCAUGAGAUGGGCCACGUGGAGUACUACCUGCAGUACAAGGACCAACCAGUCACCUUUAGGAGCGGAGCUAAUCCAGGCUUCCAUGAAGCGGUCGGGGAUGUUUUGGCUCUCUCAGUCUCUACACCCAAACACUUGAACAAAAUUGGACUACUGGAAAGUGUCACCACUGACAAAGAGUCCGACAUUAACUACCUCCUGAAAAUGGCCUUGGAAAAAAUUGCCUUCCUCCCGUUUGGAUACCUGAUUGAUCAGUGGCGUUGGGGGGUGUUUAGUGGGAGGAUUUCCCCAGAUCACUACAACUCUGAAUGGUGGUACCUGAGGACCAAGUACCAAGGCAUCUGCCCUCCUCUUCCAAGGAACGAAACAAACUUUGACCCUGGUGCCAAAUACCACAUCCCUGCAAAUACUCCUUACAUCAGGUACUUUGUGAGUUUUAUUCUGCAGUUCCAGUUCCACAAAGCCUUGUGCAACGUCAGUGGACAUACCGGACCUCUGCAUCAAUGUGACAUCUACAAAUCACUUGACGCUGGGCAAAAGCUCAGUAACGCAUUGAAGGUUGGCUCCUCAGUUCGUUGGCAGGACGUUCUUCAGGAGUUCACGGGCACUGAUAAAAUGGAUGCUUCCGCCCUACUUGAGUAUUUCAAACCCAUCACCGACUGGUUAAAGGAGCAAAACACCAAAAAUAAGGAUGAGCUGGGGUGGUCGGACUUUGAGUGGCGGCCCCCAGUUCCUGAAGGAUACCCAAAUGGCACUGAUAAAAACACUGAUGAAAAUCAAGCGAUUAACUUUGUAAAGGAGUACAACACAGUGACAGAGAAAGUGUGGUAUGACUACAUAGAGUCCUCAUGGACAUAUAAUACCAACAUCACGGUACAUAAUAACAAGAUCAUGUUAGAGAAAAGCCUAAAGAUGUCUAAUCAUGCACUAAAAUAUGGAUUGCAAGCUCGUCAGUUCGAUUACACAGACUUCCAAAACGCAGAAACCAAACGCAUUCUGAUGAAACUGGGCAACAUUGAACGUGCGGCACUUCCCGUGGAGGAAGUGAAGGAGUACGACAGUGUCGUGUCUGAGAUGGAGACUACCUACAGUGUUGCUAAAGUAUGCCGGGAUAAUGGGACCUGCCACCCCCUGGACCCUGAUCUGACACACAUCUUGGCCACCUCAAAUGAUUAUGACGAGCUACUGUUUGCCUGGGAAGGAUGGAGAAAUGCUUCAGGAAAGAAAAUGAGGACCAACUUCAAGAAAUACGUGCAGCUAAGCAACAAGGCAGCAAGACUCAACGGCUUUCAUGAUACUGGAGCAUUCUGGAGGUCUCUCUAUGAUUCCAAGACUUUUGAAGCAGACUUGGAGAAUAUUUACAAUGAGCUGAAGCCUCUGUACCAGAACCUGCAUGCUUAUGUCAGAAGAGCGUUGUUUAAGAAAUAUGGAAGCAAGUACAUUAACCUGAAGGGCCCAAUCCCAGCCCAUCUCUUGGGUAACAUGUGGGCUCAGUCGUGGAAUAACAUCUACAAACUGCUGAUGCCCUACCCGGAUGCCAGUCAUGUUGAUGCUACACCUGAAAUGAUCAAACAGAAAUGGACUCCCGUAAAAAUGUUUCAGGAAUCAGACAAGUUCUUCCAGUCGCUUGGCCUCAUAAAAAUGCCAGAAGAGUUCUGGAAUAAGUCAAUGCUGGAGAAGCCGGAGAACCGAGAAGUGGUGUGUCAUGCCUCUGCCUGGGACUUCUUCAACCGCAAGGACUUCCGAAUUAAGCAGUGCACUGUGGUGAACAUGGACGACCUGGUGACUGUGCACCAUGAAAUGGGUCACAUCCAAUACUUCCUUCAGUACAAAGACCUGCCCAUCUCAUUCCGUGACGGGGCUAACCCUGGUUUCCACGAGGCCAUUGGUGAUGUAAUGGCUCUGUCAGUCUCCACUCCGAAACACCUCAAAACCAUUGGGCUGCUCAACGAGGUGAUGGACAAUAAAGAGAGUGAUAUCAACUACUUGAUGAGCAUUGCCCUGGACAAGAUUGCUUUCCUCCCAUUUGGCUACCUAAUGGAUCAAUGGCGAUGGAAGGUUUUCGAUGGACGGAUCCCUGAAAGUGAUUACAACCGAGAGUGGUGGAAUCUGAGGUUAAAAUAUCAAGGACUGUGUCCUCCUGUACUUCGCUCAGAGGAAGAUUUUGAUCCUGGUGCGAAAUUCCACAUUCCUUCCAGUGUCCCCUAUGUCAGGUAUUUUGUAAGCUUCAUCGUCCAGUUCCAGUUCCAUGAGAGCCUUUGCAAAGCUGCAGAUCACGUUGGACCUCUGUACAAAUGUGACAUCUACAACUCACGUGCAGCUGGAAAACUCAUUGGAGACGCCAUGAAGCUGGGAAGCAGCAAGCCCUGGUACGAGGCCAUGAGGAUGAUUACUGGGAACACAAGUAUGUCGGCCGCGUCUCUGCUGAGAUAUUUUGAGCCGCUGAUCACAUGGCUGGAAGUGGAAAACACGAAGAAUGGCGAGACACUGGGAUGGCCCGAGUAUGACUGGACACCAGCCUUCGCAUCCACUGAACCUUCAGCUCCGACAACAUCAGCUCCCGCAAACAGCAAUGUGUCUUUUCUGGGAUUGAGUUUAGCACCAGACCAGGCAAAGGCAGGGCAGUGGAUUUUGUUUGUACUGGCCUUAGUCCUGGCCAUAGCCGUCAUAAUCAUUUCAAUAAAAAUGUUCAAAAGAAAGUGAUGAACUAACAAAACGUCACCUGACUAUCAAAUGGAUUUAAAAUAAAUCUUGUAAAGUCGGAACUCUUUCACUAUGCAAACCAAACAAUUCAGUGCUCAAUUUGUAAAUCUGGUGUCAGAAUGUUUAAUCAAUCACUUGUAUUUUCUCUAGCAAUGAUUAGGUAUUUUGUGCAGGGAUAUGAAAUAAUAUAUCAAAUGGCUCUCUAAUGUUUGUAAAUUGUUGUAAUUUUUAAUGUAAAUUCAAGCAGUUUCAGGUUUCAUUGUUGAGAUUCCAUGAAAUAAUGUUGGUCAGAUCCUAAAAAUAUAGAUACCAGAAAGGCAACUGUAUUGAAUUGCAGUAAAAAUGAGGCCACAUGUAUAUAUAACUCCAGUGUGUAUUUGACCAAUACUGUCAGAAGCAAACAUGCAACAAUACACGACUGCAUUGGAAAUGCAACCACAUGUAACUGCAGUGGAAAUGCAAUCAUGUCUUCCAACAUUAGAAAUGCAGGCAAAUCUAGCUGCCAUGGAAAGGUUUGGUGAUUAGGCUUUUAUCUUUAAGCAGGGUUGAUAUAUUCUAAUACUGGAGUAACGAAAGCUGCAAUUGCCCACUCAAAGUCUCGCACCCCACUCUUCACUAAAUUCCCUAGGAUGUCUCUCUUGGUCUUCAGCAAUGGGCUGCACCAUUAUCUGCCAGCAGCAUUGGUUCACACACAUAAUAAACAGACAUUGCCCUCUCACACGGGACACCUGGACCUGCUUGAGUUUUUGGAGAGGGAGAUGGUUCUCCAGUGCAUCACACCUGGUGUGAUUUUGCUAAAUAAUUGGUUUAUCAAUUUUUUGAGCCGAAUGUGAGAUCUUUAAAACAAUCAGGAGAAUGCAUUACGCGAGGGAGCCUGGUGCGGAUGUGAAUAGUGUGGGAUGCCAUCAAAGUUCAUUGACAUUAUUAACAAAAGAUUACUUCCGUUUCUGUCGAUUACUUUAAAACGGGUAACAUGGCCAGUUUAUAUUCUAGCUUCAUAAGACUUUAAAAAUGUUUCUUAAUAUUUUUAAACUCUAUUUCUCUUCUAAAACAAUGAACUGUUGAAGAGAGGCUAAAUGUAAUAACUUGCUGUUGCAAUGGCUCGCCGAAUGUCUCCUGUGUGUAGAUGAGCUGCAUAAACGUUACGCUGCCAGUUUCGGUUGGCAGCCUGUGUUGACUCGAUUGAGUUCCACCAGGAUGAAGGCUGGAGGUUUACAAUUAGCCGGAAUAUCUCAAUGCUAGACAGGUGAUGUUCAGUCAGUGCUUGCCGCUCAUUGCCAUCCGAUGGACAUCCCGAGGAGAUAGGCAGGUUGGAUUGGGACAUUUAUAUCUCUGAGAAGUCCAUCAAGACUCACUGCCAAGCCUUGAGUGAACAAUGACAAAGAAUGCAACAAGAACUCAUCGAGAAGCAAAGCCAGCACCUUCGGGAGAGUGCAAUUGGUGAGGAAAACAUAUCAAGAAUCCACCGAGGAAACCAAAUCUAGUGGCAACUGCUGAACAAGCUGCUGUACUCUCGAAAGAUCUACUUCAUAACAUUACAUUGUUUCUCUCAUGUACGUACGUACAUUCGUUGCAUGAUUUGUGUGCAAGUUCCACUUCCUGGUAUGCGGGGAUCCACAUACUAGAAUCAGAUGGCUUAAGCGACCGGUGUAACUAGCAGCAUGAACAAUAUACUUGAGCUGUUUUAAACUG